AUUUUGUGCAAAUGUGAUAUGACUGAUAAUAUCAGAAAAUGCAGUACCUAUUUCCUUAUAUAUCUUUGACUGUAUAUCUGGAAACUUAAUAAGGUACAAUAGGCUCCACUGCAAACCAGCUAUAAUGGUAUCAAAACCUGAAGAGACAGAAACACAUUAAUAAUGACUAGAAUAUCACUAUCAGUAUGAUUAACAAAGACAAGAUGACUAAAUGCAUUAACAUACCAACGUAUAACUUGUAGACUAUUGGUGAAAAUUCACCAAACUCAUAUGCUUACAUCUAUAUGAGAUAAUAACAUUGAUAAUAAUAUGAAACAUUCAAAAAACAUUUGAAAAAAACAACAACAAUUUAAAUGUGGUAUAACAAAAACUAUAACCUGGAAUUCUGUGUGCAGUCACACGUUUGUCCAGCCUACUCACACUAUAAAAAAUAAUUUCAUCUGAUAUCAUGUGACCUAGCAAAUUCUGCUUCACUGAAACUGCAGUGCAGAUCUAAAUUAUAUGCUGAUCCCAAAAAAUGCCCUCCUGUGUAGUAUUUCACUGAAUUUGACAUUUUUCCCCAACCAAAAAAAUGCUAAAUAGAUAAAUGUUAUGUAUGAGUUUUAUGCAGAAACAACACAGCAUAUGUAAAUAAUAAUAUGACUGGGUUUUUAUAUAUUGCGUGUGACAAACCAGUCACAAAAUAAAAGGAGCUUUAUAAACAUAACAGUAUGCAUUUAGUGAAAGCAAACGCUGUAGCAAAGAAGUCUGAGAAGAAUUACAAAUGUUAAACAUGCAUGUAAAAAAUGUCACCUUAUUUCUCAUCCAACUCUCAACGCUGAUACAAUCCCAGGGAAAACAUCUGGAUUAUAAAAUGCUGUUUUGAGCAAAUGAGGAACAAAUGCAGUACUUGCAAGUUUCUAAAUGCCAGAAUAAUGAGCAAAGAAAAAGUUAUAUUUAUCAACAAUGACUGGCACAAUUCCAGUUGCGGAAGGAGAAUCCCAGUGUACAACCCAGCCACCGGGGAGUUGAUCUGUGAGGUCGAGGAGGGAGACAAAGAAGACAUAGACAAAGCUGUGAAAUUUGCCCGGCAGGCUUUCCAGCUGGGUUCUCCCUGGCGUCAGAUGGACGCCUCAGGACGUGGCCGUCUGCUGGACGAGCUAGCUGACCUGGUGGAGCGCGACCGGCAGAUACUGGCUACGUUAGAGGCCAUUGACUCGGGGAAGCUAUUCCUAACUGCCUACUAUGCGGAUUUGAUUGGUACAAUUAAAACACUGCGUUACUACGCGGGCUGGGCUGACAAGAUUCAGGGGAAGACGAUCCCAGUAGAUGGCGAGUAUUUCACAUUCACACGGCAUGAACCAAUAGGGGUGUGUGGUCAAAUUAUACCGUGGAACUUUCCGUUGCUGAUGUUUACAUGGAAGAUCGCCCCAGCACUGUGCUGCGGAAAUACCGUGGUCAUCAAACCGGCCGAGCAGACGCCUCUGUCCGCUCUCCACAUGGCAGCACUCAUCAAAGAGGCAGGAUUUCCCGCAGGUGUUGUAAAUGUCGUACCGGGGUACGGGCCCACAGCAGGCCAUGCCAUCGCCCAUCACAUGGACAUUGACAAAGUGGCCUUCACCGGCUCCACGAACGUUGGAAAACUCAUUAAAAAGGCAGCUGGGGACAGUAACCUGAAGCGUGUCACUCUGGAACUUGGAGGAAAGAGUCCCAACAUUGUUUUUGCAGAUUGUGACUUGGAACAUGCCGUGGAGCAAGCCCACCAUGGCCUGUUCUUCAACCAGGGCCAGUGCUGCAUCGCAGGGUCCAGGGUGUUUGUGGAAGAGCCCAUUUAUGAGGAGUUUGUGCGCAGGAGUGUGGAGCGUGCCAAGAGGCGAGUCCUGGGAAACCCUUUAGUACCUGGUGUGGACCAGGGACCACAGAUUGAUAAGAAACAGUUUGAUAAAAUCCUGGAGCUCAUUGAAAGUGGGAAGAGAGACGGGGCAAAACUGGAGUGCGGUGGCAGGGCCUGGGGGCAGAAGGGCCUCUUCAUUCAGCCCACAGUCUUCUCAGAUGUCACCGAUGACAUGCGCAUCGCCAAAGAAGAGAUAUUUGGACCAGUCCAGCAGAUAAUGAAGUUCAGCAGUACUGAGGAAGUGAUUAAGAGGGCAAAUAACACGCAGUACGGAUUGGCAGCAGGACUCUUCACCAACGACCUUAACAAAGCACUCACCAUCUCCUCUGCACUGCAGGCUGGUACAGUCUGGGUCAACUGCUAUGGCGCAGUGUCUUCUCAGUGCCCGUUUGGUGGAUAUAAGAUGUCAGGAAACGGAAGGGAAAUGGGUGAAUAUGGUCUGGAGGAAUACACAGAAGUAAAGACUGUGACCAUCAAAAUACCACAGAAGAAUUCAUAAAUUAAAAUCCCUCGUGGGACUGCAUAUGACGUACAUUUAGUGCUGUGUGUAGGUUAUUCUUCCAGCUGUUUUGAAUGUUGCUAUUAACCGCCAUUAUUUAGUAUAACGUUUCAGUCUCUACUAAGUAUGAAUGAGCACGAUGACUUAACUGCUUAAGAUCUGAAAUAAAUUUGCAAUAUUCAUGAGUUAUAAUUAUUUACAAAAUCCAAGAAAUCUUAAUGCAACCGAAUCAUUACUAUAAAAACAACAGAUGCAGCCAAGCAAGUUAUUUAAAUUUUCAAAGUCAUGCAAUAUUUUGUGUAUACCAGUGCAUCCUGGUAUAUAUAGGCUAGGCCAAGAUGGAGACAUUAAUAGUUGUUGCUAUGUGUUAUUUCUGAAAAAUUAAGCAGUAUUUUAGGUACAGUACUACUAUGGACUCAUCUGUCUUCCAACCACUGAACCUGGUCAGGGCCUGGAGCCCAGGCCAGGCAGCACAGAGCACAAGGCUGCUUUACACCCUGCAUGGGUUCCAGGCCAUUUCAGGGCAAGAUAGGUUCACAAAGGUAAUUAUGCCAACUGUAGAUAUUUUUACAUUGUUUUUUUCUUUAAACAUGUGAAACAAACCAUGUAUAACAUUUGAAGAGUAGUGGAUAACUGAUCAUAUUACAGAUGCUAGCCAAUUGAGAACAGGUGUGACGAAGUAAAAUACAGUAUGGCAAUGUAACACGGAAAUGUAUAAAGUAUAUUAGAAUUUUUAGCUGAAUACAUAGAUUGAUCCUAUAUUACCUCAGUUGCUCAUACAUUAUCUUUAUAGGUACAAACAAGGCUAAAUUUGUUGUUAAAUCUUUGAUUAUUAAUGCAUUACUACUAAAAUAAAGCAAAUAUAUGAUUAAAUAAUGAAUAAAAUCUAUAAAUGUCUCAUUCUGCCCAGAAACAUGGCAGAUGGUGUUUGGAAAAGUUGCUCAGUAACAUUCAGUACAAUGACAUCAUAGAAGGCAGAGCACAACGGUUCAUUGCUUUUAUUUCACUGAUGACCUUCUUAUUUUAUUAAGUUUAGAGGUAGUGUUUUGGGCUAGCUUCCUAAAUAUAAAUAAUUCUUUUACCCAUUUGAAAUCGGUGUUUCAGUGUUGCUCAACAAGCCUAAGUUGGUAAAUUGAAUAUAAAAGUCUAAUGUGUUAUAAUUCUGUUGCUGAAUCGGUGUAUCGGUACUGACAAUAAAAAUUGCUAAUGCUUAUCAGUGUGCA